AUGUCGUCCACAACCCUCACACAAACCCUGCAACCCCUGCUCACCCGCGUCCUCGCCCGCCGUCCCCUCCUCACGACCGUUCUAACCUCCUUCACCACAUCCCUCCUCGCCUGGGCCGCCUACCGCGACUAUCGCGCCUACAUCGCCCUCGGCCCCGGCGGCGUCCCCCACAACCUCGCCGGCUGGCUCCUCGUCACCCUCGGCCUGCGCCCCUUUGCGCUCUCCAAGGCCUCAGCCACAUGGACGGGAGAUUACCCCGACGAAGGCUCCCAUGAUGAGAUCAAGAACCUACCCGAGAGGAAAGGAGGAAGGGCCGAAUUGGGCGGGAUCGUGCCGCAUCGCCAGCUGAGUCAGCAUGCGCCCGAGGCGAUGAGAGAGUAUAUCAAAAACCUCUUCUCAAACGCAGCCUCCCAAAACCCAACCCUGCUAACCACAAAACUCUCCCUCUACGAACGCAGCAACCCAGCCCUCUUCGUCUCCUCCCAAAUCCUCGCCUCCGCCCCGGCCACCUCCACGACAACCAUCGCCCGCGGCGAGGUAGGCCACCACCACGGCGACCUCUCCAUUCACCUCUACCUCUCCCCUGCCGACGCCAAAGUCGCAAUCACCAAGGGCUGGGCCGAGCGCCAUCGCCUCUCGCUGCCCAAGGGGUCCCUCCUCGCCAACAGGAUGCACCUCGCCGACUCGUAUCUCAUGAUCUACGGGCCCAGAGACGAAGGGGAGAUGGAGGUGCUCGCGGAGAUGUUACGGUGCGGGGUGCGCUUCAUGACAGGGAGGGAGGAUGUUGGGAGUAUCGAGUGGCGGCAUAGGAUUGAGGCGUGA